AUGGAUUCAAACGGUCUAUUACGUUUUGUUGGAAGAGCAGAUUAUCAAAUAAAACUUCGUGGACAACGUAUUGAAACGGGAGAAAUUGAAAAUGUAUUGUUAAAUUUUUCGCCUGAGAUUGUGAACGUUUGUGUUGUGAAGUUUAACGAUAAACUCAAGGGAGAUUUGUUGCAUGCAUUUAUUCUGAAUCAGUCGGAUUCUGUCUCGGGUGAUUCCGGUCAUGGUGAAGAUGUGAUGAAGCGUGAUCUGAUAGGUUUUUGUCAGUCGAAUCUUCCGUUGUACAUGGUUCCGACGGCCUGGUCGUUUGUUAGCAGUUUCCCGGUGAAUGCGAAUGGGAAGGUUGAUAGAAAGGUUCUUCAGCAGAUAGCUCCUGUAGAAGCUAUUCGCUCUCCAAAAUCUGGAGGUUGCAGCAUUGCUAGAACGGAUCUGGAGGAAAGUCUUCGAUUGAUAUUCGUGGAAUGCUUCCGUUUGGCGGAUGCGACUGGCAUAGAUCUGACGGCUUCCUUCGGUGAAUUGGGCGGUACGUCGCUGGGUGCGGUUAGAGCAGUGAACUUAAUACGUGAAAAGGUGUAUUCCGGCAUGAAUAUUGGCCUUUUGUUUUCGUUUCCUUCAGUUCGACUUUUAUCGGAAGUUAUUGAACCUAUGAUAAAGGACGAGAGGUUUCAGGAAGUUAACAGAGUUCAGAGUCAGAGUCAAUUAGCAGUACCGGAUGUGGCGUCAGAGGUUAAACCGUCGAUCCUUUUAGAGACAUUAGGAAUUAUUAUGUUGUUGUUUUAUUAUUUACUUCCGGUGUGGACAACAAGCUUCUUUCUUCGAGCACUAGAAAUAAAUAAUGUGUGGAUAUAUACCGGUUUUCAUAUUCUAUUGAUACCACCGAAGCAACUACUUAUGUACAUUAUCUUGAAACGACUAUUAUUUCCAAACGGAAUGAGAGCUGGCAAAUACGAAUUAUAUUCUGGAGAUUAUUAUCGUUGGUGGUUUCUUAAUCGUGUUUGGACUCUUAACUCCAGCCAUUUGAAAGUUUUUCUUGGUACUCAGUUUUACAACAUGUACUUAGAAUUAUGCGGCGCAAGAGUGAGCCGAAAAGAUGUUCAUAUUUACACCACUCAUAUUGAUGUACCUGAUUUGCUAGAGAUACAGAAAGCAUCUGUUGUAUCUCAAGACGUCAUAUUGAAUAGUUUGUCUUAUAAUCUUGCGACUUAUGAACUGCAUUACAUCAGAAUAGGUUCAAAUUGUACUAUUGGCAAUUACGCGGUCUUGUAUAAUGGAGUUCAGACACAGAAUAAUGUUAUCAUUAACCCAAUGACGAGCAUAGCUCGAUUUAAUCGAUUUUUACAACCACCAUCAAAUUUAUUAAGUAUAGGGAGCGGAAUGACAGCGUUUGAUGAAGUUUUAUUAAUCCCAGAUAGAGUUGUUAGCGGACGAUGUGUUACAGAAAAGAUUAUCAUUGGAAAUAACGCUCAAAUGGGAAACCAGUGCCUUAUUUAUGGUGGUAGUACUAUACCACCUUACUCCGUCGUUGGCAGUAUGACGUGUGUGACACGAGACGAUGGAAUAUUCGAACCAAAAGACAUAAUAUUGGGAGUACCAGCACGUAAAAUGCCAUUUUAUAUGUCUCCAGCGUCAACUACAGUAGAUGGUAUUAGUAAAACGAAGACUAGUUUGACUUGUUCGUACUGGCAAAAAUUAACAGCUGAGUUACUUGCCAAAUCGAUAAUUGUCUUCUGCGCAUUGGUCAUCAAGUCAUUGAAUAUCAAUACGUGCUUCUCAUGCUUGUUGCUCCUGAUUGUUUACUCAGCGCUUCUAUGUUUGUUGAUGAAUUCGCUGCAGGAAAAACCUCAAGCUGGACCACAACCAAUGGCAGAGACAUUAGGAUGGCAUCAAAGUAUACUUCAGAUUUUGCCUAGAGACUAUAUAUUAUUUAUCAGUCCGUUAUUGGAUGGUACACAGUGGAUAAUCUAUGUGUUACGUGGUUUGGGAGCAAAAAUAAUCGGUGACGAUGUUCUCAUAUCGAAUUUUACCAGUUUGACUGAUUAUACAUUUCUUACAAUAUUCAACCAUGUUCGAAUAAGUCCACGGGCUCAUAUUCAAUGUCAUACCCACGAACAACGAAUACUGAAAAUGGUGCCAACAACAGUCGGUCCAAAUUCGAUAUUAAGGAGUAUAUCGAUGUUGUUUCCUGGCUGUCGAUUAGAAGGCAAUAAUAUUAUAAAUCCAUGCACCUUAAUACUUAAAGAUGAUCAUCUGCCAGAACACACAGAAUGGUUAGGGUGUCCACCAAAAAUGAUAGUGAGUUAUAAUCGUGAAGUUAAAGUAUUAAGUCAAAAACGAGAUAGUGCUACGUAUAGUGUAAAAUUAACAUUAAAAAAUUCCAAACAAAAAUCAGUGAAAUAUGAAUACAAGGAAAUUAUUUCGGCUGUUAAAUUUACUGUUGUGCCCAAAGGUGAUAAUUCAUCUAAAAUUAAAAUUCUUUCCGAAGGUUUCAAAAUUGAUGAAGAUGAUGAAUUACAAGAAAGUGGACAAGAACGGAUUUUUGAAUACGAAGUUCAGUUAGAAUAUAGAGAUCCAACUAAAGAUUAUGAAUCAUAG